CUCGGCCUGGAGGCACAGCCCAGCGGCGCCGCCAGCAGCCUCUGCCUCGGCCCGCACUACCUCCUGCCCGACACCAACCUUCUCCUUCACCAGAUUGAUAUACUGGAAGAUCCUGUUAUUAAGAAUGUCAUUGUGCUGCAGACAGUCUUACAAGAAGUCAAGCAUCGGAGUCCACCAGUGUACAAGCGAAUUAGGGAUGUGAUUGGAAACCCUGAAAAACAUUUCUAUUCUUUCACCAAUGAACAUCAUCGAGAAACGUACAUAGAGCAAACACAAGGAGAAACUUCUAAUGACCGCAAUGACAGAGCCAUUCGGGUAGCAGUAAAAUGGUACAACGAACACUUGAAGGAAGUAGAGGAUGAGGAGAAGAUUCAAGUUAUCUUUUUAACAAAUGACAGAACUAAUAAAGAGAAGGCUCUAGAGGAAGGUCUAACUGCCUAUACGUGUGAGGAGUAUAUAAAAAGCUUGCUGGCUAAUCCUGACCUUGUAGAUCGACUUGCCUGUGUAUCUGAUGAAGGGAAAGAAAUAGAAAGUGGAAGAAUAAUUUUCCCAGAACAUAUUCCUCUUAGCAAGCUGCAGCAAGGAAUAAAAUCUGGUAUUUACCUCCAAGGAACUUACAGGGCAAGCAGAGAUAAUUAUCUUGAAGCUACUGUUUGGGUUCAUGGAGAUACUGAAGAAAACAAAGAGAUAAUUGUACAGGGACUGAAACAUUUAAACCGAGCAGUUCAUGAAGAUAUUGUAGCUGUGGAGUUGUUGGCAAAAGAUGAAUGGGUAGGACCAUCCUCAGUGGUCUUGCAGGAUGAUGGUCAGAAUGAAGAUGACAUUGAAAAUGAAGAGGAGAAAGAGAACAUUCUGAAGACUUCUGUUAGCAAGGACAUGCUGAGACCUACAGGAAAAGUAGUGGGCAUUAUCAAGCGAAACUGGCGACCGUUUUGUGGCAUGCUUUCCAAAUCAGAGAUCAAAGAGGCAAGGCGCCAUUUGUUUACACCAGCUGAUCGCAGAAUUCCUCGCAUUCGAAUAGAAACAAGACAAGCAGAUAGAUUGGAAGGACAAAGAAUAAUUGUUGCUAUUGACGGUUGGCCCAGGAAUUCCAGGUAUCCUAAUGGUCACUUUGUGAAGAACUUGGGAAGUGCUGGAGAUAAAGAGACUGAGACAGAAGUUCUUUUGCUUGAACAUGAUGUCCCUCAUCAGCCUUUUUCCCAGAGUGUCCUUAGUUUUCUACCAAAAAUGCCAUGGAGCAUUACAGAACAG